AUGAUUUUUGCUUUUACUUCGCUUGCUGCAAGUAUUAGGAACUUCAUUCCUAUAGAACCAGAAGAGUUUGACCAAAAGACAAAAAUGAACAAGUGCGUAAUGGUUCGUUAUUAUUCAAUGCACCAGGAACCAUCAACAAGAAGUUUCCGCGACUACAACCUUGUCGCAAAGGCAUUUAAUGGUAGCAGCAAGAUCUCAAUUGCUGGUUUGGAUUGCGGCAAGUAUCGCCAUCUUUGUGUUAAGCAUAACGUUUAUAAUCUUCCAACAGUCAGAAUGUUCUGCGGAGAAACAAUGGAAGAGUACAAUGGUGGCUUCUCCUACGAAUCUCUCAUCAAAUGGGGCGCUAAUAUCUCUGAAGAAACACCAAUUGAACCAAAAUUAAUAGUUAAGCAGCCAAAUAGCAAGACAUUCAAGCAGAUGCUCGAGGAUCAUGCUUGCGUCUUAACUUCAUUCGAAACACCAUGGUGCCAGGCUUGCAUACGUAACAAACCAAGAUUAAACCGUUUGGCAAGGUUAUUCUACAAGGAACCACAAAUUGCUAUUGCUACAAUCGAUGUUGAUCGUUACCGUGACUUCGUCCAUGAAUACGAAACCCUUGUUUUCCCAGAUAUCAGAUUAUUCGUUCGUGGUGAAAAGAAACCAUCCGAAUACUACGGCAAGAGAAAGAUUCCAAACUACGUUGAAUUCCUUAACGAAAAAUGCGGUACUCGCGUUCAAAUUAAUGAUAUCGAAGGCGAAUUAGGUCUCAACGACGAAGGCAACCAACUUGCAGAGGAUUACUUCGAUGAAGGUCGUAAUCCACUCUUUAUCCAGGAAAUGCACGCUAGAAGAGGCUUAGAACACUACAUUUACGUAAUGCAGGGACUUCAAGACAACGGAGACGCUUGGCUUGACACACAACUCGCUGAUCUCAAGGCAAAUGUCGCUGCAAAUGAAGGAUCUGAAAAAGAUAUCGAAGAAUUGAAGAAGAAGAUUAACGUAAUUUCAUUCGUUAAGGAGCUUAUUGCUUUUGAGAAGAAAUAA